UUGCAGAGGAGGCCUCGACUCUUACAAGGAAUACCUUUCAGGGUUCCAGACCACCAGGACAUAGCUUUUGGGGCCUUGCAGCAGGGAACCAACUGCUUGGACACACUGGGACACUUUGCUGACGGAGUCGUUGGAAUUUAUGAAUGUCACAACGCUGGAGGGAACCAGGAGUGGGCCCUGACGAAGGAGAAGUCGGUGAAACACAUGGACCUGUGCCUCGCUGUGGUGGACCGCUCGCCCGGCUCCCUCGUCAGGCUGCAGGGAUGCCGGGAGAAUGACAGCAGACAGAAGUGGGAGCAGAUUGAGGGCAACUCCAAGCUGCGCCACGUGGGCAGCAACCUGUGCCUGGACAGCCGCACGGCCAAGAGCGGAGGCCUGAGUGUGGAGGUGUGUGGUCCGGCCCUGUCACAGCAGUGGAAAUUCUCACUCAACCUGCAGCAAUAAGAGGCCCCAAGGGCCCGCCGUCCACCUGCACACCAGCCCAGUUUGGUGAUCACGUUAUUAUGUUUCUGAAACUUUCCGCAAAACUAUAUACCUCAGUGUUCCAUCAUGGUCUGAAAGUCUUAAGUCUUCAGCGAGGCAUGAGCUGGGCUGGCGCUGUGCAGAAGAGGAAAUGAGCCCCCGGGGCUCGGGACAGAGGGUCCCUCCCAAGGCUGGCAUCCUCUGCCUCCCACUUUCUACUUUCUGCUCACUCCCCAGCAGAGGACCAGCCCAGUGCUGGCCGGAACAAGUGGACAAGCAGCAAGCAUGUUUAUCUUGAGGACAGAGGGAACGGGCAGCUGCCCUCACAGCAAGAACUCAAAAAUCUCCAGUACGUUUUUUUACCCAUCCAAAAUCAUGUGUGUGAACCAGGCAUGGUGGCCAGUGCCUGUAAUCCCAUCACUCAGGAGGCGGAGGCAGGCAAGACCCUGUCUGAGGAAAAAAAGUGGUUUCCACAAAGCCGACCUUUCCUUGCAGACUUCCUCGUUUCUCUGUCCUUGCACCUCUGGGCGCAGCUGGCCUCCCAGCCACUUCUUUCUUCCACUGACAUACUUGCUGCGUUCGAAUACGGACUUUGCUAUGAGUGGGACACUAAAUAGAGAUACACAUAGAGAAUGACGGUCAGUUCCCUGUGCUUCCCCACGUCGUCAUCUUGUGAACCCCGCAGCGCAGCUCAGCGCAGCUCUGCAGAGGGGCCUGCGCUCCCAGAGCCAAAGGUGACAUCACCAUCUCUGGAGCCUCACCAGCCAGUCCAUGCUGCUCUGCCAGCUGCAGGGGUCCCCGAACCACUGGCCCCAGCCCCCAAACGUCAGUGUUGGACUUCAGCUAGGGAAUUGUGGCUGGGUUGGAACGUCUGCUUUGUGCCCAUCGUCGUCUAUAAACCUAACUAGGUUACCUCUUUUGGCAAGUUAUUACUUUGAGUUUUCUUUUAAAAUUAGAUUUCUUUUCUUUAGGAAAACUCAAUCCCACAGCUUCUAACUAAUGUGAGCCAGCAGGACCCCACUGCCUUGUGACAGACCAGGACCCUGGACAGCUGUCACAUGCUAUUUCUAGGCUCGUAGUGGUCUGAGACCCUGUGUUUGGGUCUUUGGCACUAACUGAGCUGCCGGCAGAGCACAGAGGACCAGCCUUUUAGCGUGUGGGUGAACCCCACAUGUCUGCAGCCCUGGUACAGGUGAUACCCCCAUAUAUAGCCACAGGCAGGUGCAGGAACUGUGGGUAGAGUUAGGACCAUAGGGCCUGUGCAUUCACACUGAGGACCCAGGCCUGUGUCAGCCACAGAGAUGGCCUGGGUGCCUGCCCGGUAGGGCUGCAAGCAUCACACACGAACAUCUCAGGUGUCCCCGAGACCACAGGAACCAUAGUUUGAGGUGGUCAGAGAGCCUGUGAGUGAGUGCUCUGCUUCCCACCUGCGCCAAAAGGGGGUGUGGCUAGUUCUCUUCUACUUGAGGAGCUCCAUAUAUGUGCACACCAUGACCACGGACCCUCUGGGAAGGCCUGGCCAGGUGCUGACCCUCUGUCUUUUCAACCCCUGCCAAGCAGCCAACAAGCGAGGCAUUAUAACAGACAGGGUGCCCUUGUGUCUGGUUAAGUCCACACAUGUCCACCUUCCCAGGUCGGCUCUGAGGAAUGUCACUCACAGGUCCAGGUGCAAGGCUGUCAAGGAGAAGGCAGGCGUGGAGUCCAAGCACAGUCUGUGCUGUUAAGCCUGACACCUCUGCACUGCCUUUAUCAGAGUGAAAACCACAGGUGUGAAGCAGCGCGGGCUGAUUUGAAGUAGGUGUAGGUGGAGCUUCCCACCACGCACCGGCACCCCACCCCACCCUGUGCUCUCGUCACCUUUUCCAUCUGAGUGUCUGGCCACCAGGGUGCAACUCAGCCCGCCUCUGAACAGAGGGGACUGGGCAAGGCCCUGCCGUGAGCCAUGUUUACAUGACAGUGUGCCAAAGUGACUCACCAUGCUUGCAUUGUUUCCUAGUCAUCGGGGCUAUCCCACCCCCCCACUCCUGUUUUUAAAACUAAAAACUCCCAGGAGCCCUGGGCGCCCGCAGGCCAAGGUGGUUGUCUUCUGUGGUGGUCCUCCAGUCUCCGUGAAGCUGAAAAGGAUGGUGUCUGUGAGUAUGUUUUGCAAAUUCAAAAUAUAGUUUGGUAAUUUUUUUUCCAGUUAAUUUUUAAAAGAACUGCUGUACAGAGCUUGUACUUUGUCCAUUUUAUAGAUGGAAACCAUCCUUGAAAUUAACUUAAAUAAAGAGAAGAUACUUUAUAGAUAA